AACCCGCGGCAGGAGCGUCGCUGUGCUCCCAGCGCCACACUCUCCCGAGUGAGCCACGGGGUCGGCCCAGAUUUUAAGUUGGAAAUAUUGAUUACUAUGUACAAUCUACUGAUUUACAAUAUUGGCUACUCAUUCAAGUUUUUAAAAAAACAGUGCUGGCCACAAUGUCUGCUCAAAUGUUACAUAUCAGUAGUUCACCUUUAUUCUAUGGUUUCAGCUGCUGCAUAUAUGCUGCCAGAUGUCUAAUCUACAUCUCACCCAUAGACUGCUCUCCCAAGCUUCAGAUCCAUGUGUCAAAGAACCUCAAAUUGAAACAUCUAAAAUCUAACAUCUAAAAAUUGAAGCCAUCACACCCCACCACCACCUUAAAUUGGUUCCCAGGUCUGUGUUCCUAAUCUCAGUGAAAUGGCACCAACAUACAUCCAGUUUUCCAAGUCAGAAACCCUGGAGUCAUUGUCAACUUACUUUCUCCCCCACUGCAUCCCAUUGGUAACUUAGCCUAAUCAAUUACAUCUUUGGAAUUAUACUCAAAUCCAUUUUUCUCAGUUCCCACCAUCACUGCCGUGGUUCAGGCCUCAUUUUUUGUUUUGCUCUAUCUAAAGCAAGAGUCCCCUAACACUUGCAAUUUAGUCUCUGUGUUCUGCAAGACACAAAUUUGACCCUGUCAUUUCCCUGUUUGAAACUUUUCAGGGUGCGAUCCCUGCACCAGCCAGCCACCAAAAAAGCAAAACAAAACAGAACAGAAAAACACUUUUCAAUGGUUUCCCACCACCUUCAUGAUAGAUUUCCAACCUCUUAGCGUGGUAUUCAGGGCCCUUUGUGAUCUUGUCUUUCCAGAUUCACUUUCUAUGACUUCCCUAAGCCCUACCCUUUGCUACAACCACACUGAAAUACCUUCAAAUUUCUGUACUAGAACAUGUUUUCUCUGCCCUAGCACCUUAUCGAGGCUGUUCCUACUGCUUGGACUGUCCUCCUCUCACUCCUUACACUACACCCUCAUUUUCUUGGUUCACCAAAGCAAGCAUUAAUCAUCUCUUCUUGGAAGCACCUCGCAACAAGCAACUGAAAAAGUUGCUUAAAAAGAUAGAUAUCUCUUCUCUGCCCCCAUAAUACCUUAUGCAUCUCUCUAUUUUCAUUGUCUGUUACUUGACCAUUUCCCCCACUGAAAUGGGACCUACUUUAGUGCAGAGAUUCUGUCACUUCUAUUGCCUCAAGGCUGAGUGAUAUGACUGAUUCAUAAUAGGCAUUCAAUAAAUGUAUGUCAAGUGAUGAAUCUAGUCCAAUUCAUGGUACGAAUGGAGAAACUUUUCUUGGUUUCUCAAGACCACAUGACCGAUCAGUAACAGAGCUAGAGAACCCAUCUCCUCAAUUUCAGCUCAGCACUCUUUCUACCAGAAUAAGUUGGCCUUUGAUGGGGGCAUGGGCGGAGCUGUUAAAUUGGAAAGGCAGAAAUUGAAGUUUGGCCUGAAAGGAAGGGUUGACAUGGAAGAGUGGUAGUUUCUGGAGAAAGAGGAGUAAAUGAAGAGAAAUAGUCAAGCAUAUUUGGGCUAUUUGUCAUCCUUAACAUGUUCCUUCUCAAAAAGAUCUCAGGCAACCUAAAGUUAAAUAAGACAGUUCACAGCUGACAUGGGCAUAAAAAAGAGGAUAGAUCCCUAUCUAUUAAAGAUGGAAUGAGGCUUAUAAUCAGGAACAUUAAAUAAAUUUUUACUAUGGUAUACACUAUGUACCAGGUAUUUAUUAUUCUAAGCAUAUACUUUAUUCAUUUAAUAUUCAGAACAACCCUAAGUGGUAUUAACAUUAUCCCCCAUUUUAUAGAUGAUAAAACUGAGGCACUGAAACAUUAAGUAGUUUGACUAAGGGUUCACAGAUAGGAAAUAGCAGAGCUAAGAUUCGAAUAAGGCGGUUUGGUGCUAGAAACAUGUCCUUAAUCAUAAUGCCUAAAGCGUAAUUCUGACUUUGGCAAUCAAGACAAAAGGGGAUCAUCCAGAUUUCACUGUACAAAGUAUGAGCUGUCUGAUGGAAGCAAUUUUUGGCUUUAAAUUCAAGAAGGCUGUUAGGACUGAGCCCAUGUGGGGGAUGGGAGUUCUUUGUUCUGUGAUGCAGUGAUGACCUCAGGAUAAACCGCCACUAGGCUGAGGAGAAUGGAAUGGCUACUGAAGGAUCUACUCAGAGUUGAGGGGGAGAUAGGGCUUCUUUGGGGCCAGCUGACCCAUGUCUUGGCCUGCAGGCACUGUGGUAAUAGCUGCCUCCAGAGUCCAGGGAAUUUGGUGACACUAUUCUUGUUCAUUGUUUGGCAGAUCCAGAGAUGGUGGCAGUUUUGGAAGUGGCGACAGCUCCAGUCCUGGUGUUCUGGGGGCAUGAUACAAGGCAAGGGCCUACCACUUCUGUACCAUGUGGCCUUCCUUGGUCGCCUAUUGAAGCAGAAAUCAGAGGAGGAAGAUGAUGAAGAAGAGGGGGAAGAGGAGGAAGAAGAAGAGGUAUCUCUGGAUCCACUGAAGCCAUCUCUUGUAUUGGAGCCCCUCAGAAUUAGUCCAAUGGGGGUCCUCUUUGAUUCUGAGGCUAAAUGUGGGGGCAUAAAAAGGAAAAAAAACUCCUCUGAGCUCUCAGCUUGCAGUGUACCCCAAGACCUGCAUAGAGCCGGUCCCCUGGGAGUCCUGUCUGACCCUGAACCUGUUGGGGAGGAUAUGGAGCAGAAAGAGAACUGUUGUUUUCCUGUGUCCCUGGUUUGGGGCCCCAGCCCACCCCCAAACUCUGUUUCAAAGUCCCACAUAACUGAGCAUACCGGAGACCAAUGCAACUGCAAACCUGAGGAAAAAGAAGCAGAGCAGAGAGAGAACUGCUGGGCCACUGAGCUCCCAGCCCCCAGCUCACUCCCUGCUCCUCUACCACAGCCACACAUUGACCUUGAAUUUGUGCAGAGAAAGGCACAAAGAGAGGUCCCCCAGGGCCCCAGCCCUUCAGCAGUGGAUCGCCUAAAGCCAGUACCCUGGCCUCCCACCUUAGCUGAAGCUUUGAAUAUUGAGCCCACACAGCCUGGUCUACCCAAAGAAGAGAUGUUCCCAGGGGCUGAGGCAGAGGUUCCACCUUCCCAGGGAAAGGGUGUCCCAGAGGUGCUCACCCACCCUGGGAUCCACGCCUGGCACUGGAGUAGAGAGCUGGAACUCAAGCUGAAGAAACUGCAGCGGAGGCCUGCUUCUAGAUCCCCUUGCCAAAGUCAACCAUUUUGCAGCUCCUCUACCCUGAGCUCUACAACUCCAGACUCCUGGGGAUUAUCUUCCUGCCACCAAAAGCUGACAAAUCCCCCUAACCUGUGCCCCCACUCUUCAAGUUGUCAUCUGCAAAAACUUCCAAACACAGUAACUCAGCCUGUCCAGGCUCUCCACGGUUAUCACUCCCACUCCUCUUCUCAGCCUCAGCCACAAGGGUCUCACAAGGCAGAACACGGGUCUCGGAAGGAGACAAGAAAGGGGAAGAUGGUGGCCCAGGUCCCAUCCCAGGGUCCAUGUGUUCGCAUGCAGGCUGGGAAGAACUGUCCAGACCUGGGAGAGCCUUCAAACCCUGAGGUUUUGGCCUCAGGCAAAAGACAGGACAAGGCUUCAGCCAAAAAGAAAAAGAGCCCCAGAAAACCCAAAGCAGGAGACCAUGGAGGAGAAAAUACAAAAUCGAGGUCAUCCACAGUCACAGUGAAGAGCCACCCUGCCCAGGCCCAAAAACUAGCAGAGGACCCUGUAAGCAGACUUUCCCAAAAGUCUCACCACAGGGGACAGAGUUCUCAACACACUAUUCUUCCCCAGCAGCUUCUCCCCAAGGCUUCAAAUCCAAAGGAUCAGCAACAGGCAAAGCUGGGAGCUGGUGACAUCCUGAACGCUCGCCACUGUACGCACUGUCCUCAGGCCCACAUGAAGAAGCACCUUUCUUUUCUCACACCCCAGGCUCCACUUACCACAGGUCUCCAAAGGGUGUUAGCCAACUUUCUAUGUACCCAUGGACUCCUGCCCACUAAAUUUAUUCAGUAG